AUGGAUAGCAAUACUGUUGCUGUAGUUCCUUCUAAAGGAAAUGUUUCAGCCUCUGUUCAGGUGGCGCUCAGGAUAAGACCUCAAGGGAAUAGAGAAAAGCUUGAAGGAAGUAGAGUAUGUACUUCAGUCAUUCCUAAUGAACCUCAGGUCACAAUUGGAGGUGAUCGAUCAUUCACGUAUGACUUUGUUUAUGAUCAACCAACAAGGCAACAUGUAAUUUUUGACACAUGCAUUCAUCGCUUAGUUAGUGGGCUCUUUGAAGGAUACAAUGCUACAGUUCUUGCUUAUGGACAGACCGGAUCAGGAAAAACGUAUACGAUGGGAACAGCCUUCGAUACGGGUCUCAUUAAAGAGGAGGAAGUGGGAGUCAUUCCAAGAGCGAUAUCUUUUGUCUUCGAGCAGAUUGCACGUUUAAAACGUGAAGCUCAGGAGAAUGGUAUACUUGAGCCGAGUUUUGACGUUGCUGUUCAGUUUAUCGAGCUGUACAACGAAGAAGUUAUUGAUUUGCUGAGUGAUGAUCGUUCGGCUUCGACAAAUGUUAGAAUUCAUGAAGACAAUCGAGGAGAAAUUUAUCUCCAUGGAGUUACUGCUAAACCGGUGCAAGAUCUCGAUUCCACUAUGGAGAUCUUGAAAAAUGGAGCUUUGAAUAGAACUGUGGCGUCUACUAACAUGAAUGAACAGUCCUCUCGUUCUCAUGCUAUAUUCUCGCUACACAUAAAACAACAAAGAGUUAUUCCUAGCGAGGGCGAAGAUAUGGGAACUGGUGCUACUGAAGUCGAAGUAAUUUCUGCAAAGUUUCAUUUUGUGGAUCUAGCUGGAUCUGAACGUUUGAAGCGAACAGGUGCUACUGGAGAUCGUGCCAAAGAAGGAAUCAGUAUCAAUAGUGGUUUGCUAGCAUUAGGAAAUGUAAUCAGCGCCUUGGGCGGCGCAAACGGAAAAGUUGGGCAUGUUCCUUACCGAGACUCGAAACUAACAAGAUUAUUGCAAGAUUCACUCGGUGGCAACAGUCAAACACUCAUGAUUGCUUGCGUUUCCCCUAGUGAUAGUGACUUCGUUGAAACGUUAAACACAAUGAAGUAUGCUAAUCGUGCGAAGAACAUCAAGAACAAAGUUGUUGCUAAUCAAGAUAAGUCUUCUAAGCUUAUCGGAGAGCUGCGGGGUAGGAUAGCAUCUUUGGAAGCAGAGCUGCUUGAGUUCAAACAAGGAAGAAGAGCAGUAGAUGCGAACGGUGUAGAAACUCUUAGCGAUCAGUACCACGAAAACGUUAUGCUUACUUCAGAAGUCAAUCAACUACGUUUUCGGGUUAAAGCUCUUCAAGAAACUAAUGAGAUACUUCGAGCUAGAAAUGUCGAAUUAAUGGCUGCCAAAGAUGCUGUUCUUCUUGCUGGUGCAAUAGGGGAUGGCACGCAAGAUGUUAUGACCGAGUCGGGAGAAAAAUUAGAUCCUGUGCAAGCUACCAUCAGGAAUUACUUGGAAGAACUGGAAAAAACACGUUCAGCUCUCUAUGAAUCGCAUGCUACAUCUGAUCAGUUACGGAAAGAAGUUGCGCGUUGGAAAGCACAGGCUUUGGCAGGCGGUACUUCAAUAACUGCAACAGCUCUCAGUGCCGAUAGUUCGCCAUUCUCUCCAAAUUCCUUCAGUCAAAAGCAACUGAUCGAAGAAGCCAAGGCUGAUUUAGAAAAAAUGCGAAAACAAAAUACAACAUCUUCUGCUGUGAACGACUCUACUUCUGAUUAUGCAUCACAUGGUGAAACUAUGGACGAUUGUGAAGAUGGUACUAGCAAUGAUGCGGAUGAUAUAGAAUCUGAUGAAGAUGAAGCUGAAGGAGAAGAUAUGGUGUUUGAAGAAACUAGAGAGGGUUGCAUGCUUCGAGAUAAUCUGAACGAUUUGCAAACUGAAAUAGGAAUCAAAGAGAGAUUAAUAAGUGAAUUAGAAAGAUCUGAACGCCGGUUAGCUGAAGUUCGACUCACUUAUGAGAGAAAGUUAACAGAACUCUCUCUGCGAAUCAAGCAGACGGAAGCAGAAAGAGAUCGAGUACUCUCCGACAGUGUCUCCAAGAAGAGCGACAAAGCUAGUCAAGAGCAAGCUAAGAGAAUUCGUGAUGAAUAUGAAAGAAAACUGAGUGACAUGAAGAAUGAAUUCCGUAAGCUGCAAAUGGUUGAAAAAGAACAUAAACGCAUGCAAGCUCGUCAGGAGCGAGAAAGACAAGAGCUAGUUCGAUAUCAGAACGAACUAAAGGAGUUGAAAAAAGUCAAGGUUGACUUGAUGAAGAAAAUAAAAGAAGAAAUGAAGAAAGCCCAGCAAGUUUCGAUGAGCAACUCUAAACGAUUAGCAAAGCUUGAUAAAGAUGCGAGAACAAAAGAAAACAAAAUUCGUCUUCUUGAAAGCAAAGACAGACAGCGAGAACAGUAUGUCAAACGAACUAACGAGGAGAUCAACCGAUUGCGCAAAGCUCAAAGAGAACAACAGAAGCAAAUUGCUCGAUCCACUGCCACACCAGUUCGUGGGGCCCCUGCUAUUCGUCAGCCUGUACGUCAAGUUGGGAAAAAGAAUGGGCAGCCUCCACCAGAAAUGACCUUUUCGCCCAAACAUGCUAAAAUUAAAUGGAAUAUGAUCGAGAAGAAGUUGGCUCGUUUGGUGAUUCAGAAGCAGACUGUUGUUAAAAUGGAAGAGGAAUUAGCUCGGCUCUUGAAAGAAAGGCAUAGUCUUGUUGAUGAGAUUAGUGAUCUUGAAAAGAAGUUUGCUUCUUGUGGUCAAAUAUCGGAGCGUGAUGAUAUAAUGGAAGAAAUUGAUGGAGUUCGCCAAAAGCUCUCGUAUAUCCAAGAUCAAAUUACGGAGGUUCAGACUUCAAUCGUAGACGUGGAUGCUACUAAGGUAUGUUUUUGUUUAUUCGCAUGCGGGACACUCAUUGAAAAUAGUGACUGA